UAUCAACAGCUUACCAUAUCAGGUAUCCAUCCCAUAAGUCUGGAGCGUUGAAUCAUCCUCCCAACUGUCGCUAUUCCGCCUGCUUAAUCGGAUCUCGCGCUCCUGUGAAUGAUUGCCAGAGCAGCCAAUUGGUCCUCCCUCCCGGAACAGCAGCCGCAAACAUGAUGCGGCCACUCUUUUCGCGAUGUGCUCCUCGCGCCGCGGCGUUCGUUGCGCCGCGGCGGUCACCGCUCGGCCUGUUCCAAGCUGCGCGCCAGUAUAGCAUCACCCCGGAGGCGGCAUCCGAGACCAAGCUGCAGGACAUUGACCCGUCUCAGCUGGUGAUCAACAAGGCAUCAAACCCCAAGCCGCUCAAGAAGGCAGAGGAUCUCAUCUUCGGGCGCAACUUCACAGAUCACAUGCUCACCAUCGAGUGGAACAAGACGACCGGCUGGCAAAAACCGCACAUUGUGCCGUACCAGAACCUCUCGCUCGACCCGGCCACGUGUGUCUUCCACUACGCCUUCGAAUGCUUCGAGGGCAUGAAGGCCUACAAGGACAAGGCAGGCCAGAUCCGGCUGUUCCGCCCGGACAAGAACAUGGAACGCUUCAACAAAUCGGCCGCGCGCAUCGCCCUUCCCAACUUCAGCUCGACCGCCCUCAUCGACCUGAUCGCCCAGUUCACCAAGCUCGAGAGCCGCUUCAUCCCCGAGGAGCGCGGCUACUCGCUGUACCUGCGCCCGACCAUGAUCGGCACCCAAAAGACGCUCGGCGUCGGACCGCCGGGCUCUGCCCUCCUCUUCGUCAUCGCCUCCCCCGUCGGACCCUACUACCCGACGGGUUUCAAGGCCGUGUCGCUCGAGGCGACCGACUACGCAGUGCGCGCCUGGCCCGGCGGCGUGGGCGACAAGAAGCUGGGCGCUAACUACGCGCCGUGCAUUGUGCCACAGCGCGAGGCCAUGAGCCGCGGGUUCCAGCAGAACCUGUGGCUGUUUGGCGAGGAGGAAUACGUCACCGAGGUCGGCACCAUGAACUUCUUCGUGGCCAUCAAGAACAAGCAGACGGGCCAGAAGGAGCUGAUCACGGCGCCGCUCGACGGCACCAUCCUCGAGGGCGUCACGCGCGACUCGGUACUCUCGCUGGCGAGAGAGAGGCUGGCUCCCGAAGGGUGGAACAUUGUCGAGCGCAAGUACACCAUGAAGGAGCUGGACGAGGCUGCCAGCGAGGGCAGGCUGGUCGAGGCGUUUGGCGCCGGCACGGCGGCCAUUGUGAGCCCCGUGCGCGCCAUCAGCUGGAAAGGGAAGCUGGUGCACUGCGGCUUGAAGGACCACGAGGAGUCGGGCGAGAUUGCGACGAAGAUGAAGAACUGGAUCGAGGCGCGGCAGUACGGCGACGACCCGCACGAGUGGAGCUACGUGUGCUAGAUGGCGUUGUUUACAUGGUGAAUAUAGACUUGUAUAUAGCAGGGCGGUAAUCUGAGUAGUGAUUUUGGUGAGCCGUUCCGCAGACCAUGACACAUCUCAUUUCAAC